GAGAUUCCGGUGAGCGCAGCCCGGGCAAGAGCUGCAGCAUGGAGGGGGCGCCCCACGGCUGCCCCGGGGCCGAUAGCGCCCAGGCGGGCCGAGGAGCUUCUUGCCAGGGAUGCCCCAACCAGAAGUUGUGCGCAUCCGGAGCCGGCGCCGCACCGGACCCGGCUGUGGAGGAAAUCAGAGAGAAGAUGAAGACGGUGAGACACAGGAUCUUGGUGCUGUCUGGGAAAGGCGGCGUUGGGAAAAGCACAUUCAGUGCCCACCUCGCCCACGGCCUGGCAGAGGAUGGAGACACACAGGUUGCUCUUCUGGACAUCGACAUCUGUGGGCCAUCGAUCCCCAAGAUCAUGGGCUUAGAAGGAGAGCAGGUUCACCAGAGUGGCUCCGGCUGGUCUCCAGUGUAUGUGGAGGACAACCUGGGGGUGAUGUCUGUGGGCUUCCUGCUCAGCAGCCCGGAUGAUGCUGUCAUCUGGAGGGGACCAAAGAAAAACGGUAUGAUCAAGCAGUUCCUCCGAGACGUAGACUGGGGAGACGUGGACUACCUCGUCAUAGACACCCCACCCGGCACGUCCGAUGAGCACCUCUCGGUGGUCCAGUAUCUGGCUGCCGCACACAUUGAUGGGGCGGUGAUCCUCACCACCCCUCAGGAGGUGGCCCUCCAGGAUGUUCGGAAAGAGAUCAGUUUCUGUCACAAGGUGAAGCUGCCCAUCAUUGGUGUGGUAGAGAACAUGAGUGGUUUCAUCUGCCCCAAGUGCAAGAGAGAGUCUCAGAUCUUCCCUCCCACCACUGGGGGUGCAGAGGCCAUGUGCCAGGCCCUGAAGAUCCCUCUUCUGGGCAAAGUGCCGCUGGAUCCACACAUAGGCAAGAGCUGUGACAAAGGCCAGUCUUUUUUUGUUGAAGCCCCAGAUUCACCAGCCACAGCAGCCUACAAAAGUAUAAUUCAGAGGAUCCGAGAGUUUUGUAAUUCUCGUCAGUCACAUGAUGAGAACCUCAUCAGCCCCUGAAGUGGGACAGAGCCAAGUGCCACCUCCUAACCACAGCGCCAGCGGGUCACGUGUCCAGCCACACCUGGUCAGCAGGAGACAGGUGGUGCCACAGCCACCAGAUGCUGACAGGAUUUGAAGUCACUUAUUAAGACUCUAUAAUCACCUAUCUGCAUAUUUCCUUAAGAUCAAAGGUACAGGCACUCUGCAUCCAGGUGCCAUUCAUCAGAAAAUAAAAAUGUCUCCUUGAACCUGUCCCCUAGGGCCUGUUUUCUGGAACCCAAGGGACUAUGAAGCUUCUGAGUCACAGGACUGUUUCUGCCUCAGGUGAUAAGCCUAGGGAGAGACGAGGGAGGAUUGUGGCCUCAGGAGGGAGAAUUGACACCAACCUCUGCCCACACUGGGGUCUCCAGCUCUGGGAGGUCUCCAGUCAUGCUGGGGUCAGUGUGAGUGCUUUCGCUGGGGUCCACCAAACCCCUGAAAAAGCUUUUAAGUCACCCACGAGGUGAUGGGUACCUUCAAGACAUCUGGUAAUUCCCGGUAAAAACCACUACCUGGCACUUCUGAGAGACAGGUGUAAUUGUCCCCAUGGUCUGAGAGCUGCUGAGAGUCAUUCCAGACUUCACUGCACUGUGGCUUGACACUGGAAGGUGGGGAGCCCCUCCCCUUACCGUAUACAUGCGAACUCUUGAGUGUGCUGGAGUCCCUGUGGAGCAGGUGCAACCUUUCCAAAAAGCUCGACUAGGUCCUGAGCAGGCCCUAAACAUCGGGGUUCUAGCUUAGACUUGCUUUGGGUCAACUUGGAGGACUGGGGGAGCCCACCUAGACCUGUGCACAGGUCAAGAGCUGCUUUCCCACGAGUUCUCAGGCCUCUGGCCUGCACCUACCUCUCACCUAAUGCUGGUGGAUGUCCAGUCCUUCCAGCCUGGGCUUCUCAAAGUCACCUGGGGCAUCCUGCAAGGCAAGAAGAUCCAUGACUCUCCCAACAAAGAGUGGGCUCCACUGCACAGACUCAGCCACAAGUAUUGUCGUUCGGAACACUGCACUACAAGCCAAAGAGACUCCCCUCACUGCUGACAACUGACAAUUGACAAUUACUGAGACAGUUAUCCCAGAAAUAUUUCCUGGCUUCAAAACAAAAGGCUUUGCCAUUCUUUCCUUA